UCGGCGGAUCUUCCCAGCGAUUGUGUAGCCACGUCACCUAGGCCACAAACUUUAGAUGUGCUCCCCGUCCACUGCAGGGGAAUGUGUAUGCAGAGCCGAUGCAAACAAACCAGACGCAAAAGAAGUUAAGGAUUUGGUCCAGUGGAUAGUGUCGUGAAUGGAAAGACGUCCAAGUGCUGGAACGUACAGACCUUUUUUGUUUUAACGCUGUCUACUUCUUCUGCACCAGGCCUUGCUUUAUUUUGGAUUCGGCGUAAGGCACUUGUAUCAGCCUGUCAGGAGGUAACGACGCUGGUAGCGGUCCAUUCUUAUAACUUCGUCGCAACAAAGACCGUGCGCCAAAAUGAAUGUUUUUCGGCUCUGCGGUGACGUGUCACAUCUUGUUGCCAUCAUCAUAUUGUUUAUGAAAAUAUGGAGAUCGAAAUCGUGUGCAGGAAUCUCUGGGAAGUCACAGAUGCUGUUUGCUCUCGUCUUCACCGCAAGAUACCUAGACCUUUUCACCAGCUUUAUCUCUCUAUACAACACUAUUAUGAAGGUGGUUUUCCUGUCUCUGGCCUACGCCACCGUGUACCUGAUCUACAUUCGGUUCCGCAGCAGCUACGACUCGGAUAACGACUCGUUCCGCGUGGAGUUCCUGCUGGUCCCUGUGGCUGGACUCUCCUUCCUGGAGAACUACGCCUUCACCCCUCUCGAGAUCCUCUGGACCUUCUCCAUCUACCUGGAGUCCGUGGCCAUCUUGCCUCAGCUGUUCAUGAUCACCAAGACGGGCGAGGCGGAGUCAAUCACCACCCACUACCUGUUCUUCCUGGGCCUGUACCGGGCCCUCUACCUGGCCAACUGGGUCUAUCGCUACAACACCGAGGGCUUCUUCGACCAAAUCGCUGUGGUGUCCGGAGUGGUGCAGACCAUCUUCUAUUGCGACUUCUUCUAUCUCUACGUCACCAGGGUUCUCCGGGGUAAUGCAAAGAUGAGUCUGCCAAUGCCUGUGUGAAGUUUCCACACAAAAAAAGAGGGAGCGAGAGAACGUCAGUUUGCCAGCCCUUAUCAUUUCUGUCACCUUGGAAAUAUCUCUAGGGCCACAGUAGUGACUUGAAGGAAAAAAAACAAGCUUCAACCUUCAACAGAUUGAAACAACUUCAAGAGUAAGUGCACAAACAGUGUUUGCCAUUGUCGGAUACUUUCAUAGGAAACCAAUCCUAUUGUUUUUGUUUGUUUGUUUGAGGAAGAUGUAAGGGAUAAAUAUGUUGGAUGUUAAAAUAACAUUGUAAGUUCUUUGUCUUCCUUGGUAUGUGCGCGUAAAGGGCAGUCACUUGUGCCAUUUUCAUAUUAUUUUAUGUGUCUGUGUUGGGUAGUUUCGGGGACAUUUUAAGCACCCGAAUUUCAGUUAAUUUGCGAGACCAGAGGGGUAUACUAAGAAGCUGGUUCAGGAGUGUAAACCAGGUGAA